AUGCUGCACGAUGUCAUCUACAUGCUGCUCCUCUCGACUGUAGCAAAAGAGGUGAAGACGGAAAAGGCGGGAGCGGUACACGUGGAUCCGGCGCCUUGUGAGUACAACUCGAAUCAUAGGCGAAGUAUUCUAACUGUGAGUUCAUUUUCGGGUGGACCACAAAAUCGUUUUGUGUUUUGCAGGAUCUAUUACAAGACUACGAUAAAACAAUGGUUCCGUCGAACAACUCGGUGCAAGUCAGCGUCGAGCUCACAGUGCAGGUACGUUCCCAUUCAAAAGGGCAUUCCCAUUCUGAAAAGACUUUCGUCUGGCCAGACAUCUCUUUUGUUCUACUCAAAUGACUUGUUUACAUGUCACCUUAGAUUAGACUGCCUUUUUCCGAUGACGUGACAUGCUCUUCCAUUUCUGAUCUCUUACUAAUCAGGACAUCUCAUCAAUAUCCGAGAUUUCGAGCUCUUUCAUCGCCGACGUCUGGUUCAGCCAAGUUUGGGAGGACCCGCGGCUCGAGUAUCGGUUCGUGACAAUCUAAAGAGGAUUGUAUCAGAUUGCCGCGUGUUCCAGGAACAUCUCAUGCAAAACAAACCUUUCGCUCGACAGCUACGUUAGCGAAAGGCUGUGGACGCCGAAUGUCUGCUUUGUGAACAGCAAGAGCACGCAAGUGCACAAGUCUCCCGCCUCCAACAUCCUUCUCAUCAUCUACCCGAACGGUCCGUCUUUCCUCAUAACUUCCUAUCCAACCCAUUCUCUUUGCAGGCACCGUUUGGCUCAACUACCGAGUACAAGUCUCUGCCCCGUGCAGUUUCGAACUGUCCAGGUUCCCGAUUGAUGCUCAGGAAUGUCAUUUGGUCUUCGAAUCCUACUCGUAUAACAUAGCAGAAGUGCGGCUGAAUUGGCAGCAAUGGGCGCCCGUUACGAUGCCUCCUCCGGAAGAUUUUCGGUUACCGGAUUUUCAAUUCUACAAUGUGACGUGGGGGAAAACGUCGAACGAGUAUACGGCUGGAAUGUGGGAUCAACUGAAAGUCACUUUCAGGUCGGAAAACCGAAAGAUACUCAAACUGACACGGUUCUGUUGCAGGUUCAAGAGACUCUACGGUUAUUAUGUGCUUCAAAUGUACCUUCCCACCUACCUCUCCGUCUUCAUUUCCUGGAUCGCCUUCUGGAUUGACACGAGGGCGUUGCCCGCGAGAAUCACCCUCGGAGUCUCCUCGCUGAUGGCGCUCACCUUCCAAUUCGGAAACAUUGUCAAAAACUUGCCACGUGUUUCUUUCGUCAAAGUAUGAGAUUCUGAGACUCUGGUGUAUAGACUUUGGACCGAAUUCGCUCUGUUCCAGGCCAUUGAUCUCUGGUUUUUCGUGUGCGUCGCCUUCAUCUUCUUCUCGCUCGUCGAGUUGGCCGUCGUCGGAUUCGUAGAUAAAAUAACAGAAAUCAAGCGGAGGUCGCGACGAAUCAAAUUCCAACGCGCCAUCGCCGGCGGCACAAUAAAGAAGUAAGUGAGAAGAACGGAGAAAGACAGAAGAGAGAAUGAAAGAACUCAUGUGACAUUUCAGCGAUCGGCCCGUCAGUUUUAGGAAGUACUCGUGUCCUUCGAAAUGCAAUUCCAUGAGGUACAGUAUGAACAACAACGAUGACGAGGAGUUGUACAACAUAAGGUUAGCUCGAAGGUUACGGUAGUUUUGGCUGACAAUCUCGAAAUGCAAUUCCAUUUCUAUCGCAGAUUAUUUCAUGACACAAUAAUCAAGUUCCCAAUCGUUGUCAGCGUAUGAUUGAGUCCAGCCAGUUCAGGCUCAAAAUAACACCAGAUGUGAUUUCAGUGGUGAGCAGAACGGAAAUGGAAUCAGCUGGAAGAACAAUAGUUCGCGAGAGGCUUCCGCCGAUAUGGGAGCCCGUGUCGACUCGUUCGCAGCCAAGGCGUUCCCGGCCAUGUUCGCCGCUUUCAACGGUACUUUCCUCGUCCGCUCCCCCCAUCUAAUCGGUUGAUCUUUCAGUCUUCUACUGGUGGUAUUACUUGUCUCGAGAAAGGAACUGA